AUGUCUGCCGAAAAGCCUCUCCUGGUCGUUCUCGGAGCCACUGGCAACCAAGGAGGCUCAGUUGUUUCCUACUUUCUCUCACUGUCGUCUUCUCCGUAUGCAAUCCGUGGUGUGACUCGAAAUCUAUCAUCGCCCAAGUCCGUUUCGUUAGCCUCGCUUGGAGUUGAGAUGGUAGCGGGCAACUUUGAUGAUCCCUCCUCACUCGACGCUGCUUUCAAGGGAGUAUCAGUCAUCUUCACCGUCACUGAUUUCUGGCAUUCUUUCUUCGAUCCCUCGGUGCGCGAGAAAGCCUCUGCAUCUGGUGAAAGCAUCGGAGUUGUCAGCAGGGACAAUGAAACACAGCAGAACAAAAACAUUAUUGACGCUGCUGCCAAAGUUAGCACGCUCGAAAGAUUUGUAUUCUCCAGUUUGCCCAAUACGAGCAAGUUGAGUGGCGGGAAGUACCCUUAUGUCUACCACUUUGACGGGAAAGCAUUGGGCGAGGAGUAUGGCAGUUCAGCCCAUCCAAAACUUUGGGAGAAGACGACCGUGUUUUAUGCUGGAUACUAUCUGGAGAAUUUCUUCUCGCCUGCGGGUAAAAUAGUUCGACCUAAAUUGAACAAGAGCAAAACCACCCUCACAUUGUAUGUCGCAGAGCCUUUAGCCACGGCGAGCUUGCCUAUGUACUCUUCCAUCGCGGAUACUGGUGCUCUCGUCCAUGCAGUAGUUCACGCUGCGCCAGGCAAGAAGGUCAUCGGCGUCAACGAGUGGCUCAAUCUCCGAGAAUUUGCAACUAUUCUGGCUCAGGUGUUGGAAAAACGUAUCGAGUUCAUCGACCGCGAGCCAAAGUUCGAACUGGGAGACGCUGAAAUGGAAAAGGAUCAUGUGGAUAUGGUUGGAUUCUGUAUUGAGUUUGGCUAUGAUGGAGGCAAAGUUGAUAAGAGUAUUGUGCAACCUGCUGAUCUAGGCGUUCCAGUGCAGCUGGCAUCUGUGAAAGAGUGGUGUGAAAAGCAGGAUUGGGAGAACAUUUUGGAAGUCGAGUAA